UCCCUAGGGCACAAAUAGCACCUCUGAUUCUAAAGCACUUAUGUACCCGCCAAAUCUCGAGCCUGAGGAAGACCAAACUAACCCAACAGCAUUUCAUCUCCGGCCACCGACACCAUCCACCAAAUCGGCGGACCCGAUGGUUAGCGUUUCAUUCUACGUUCCAGAUUGCAAUUAACGAAGAAUAGACUAAUCAACAAGCCACAACAACUAUAAAAGUUUUCCCUUUGUUUGAUUUUUCGUGUCUUGAAUUCAACCAUGAACAUGGAUGAAAUUAUGGAUGAGGAAGAAGAGGAAUUCGAGUUCUCCAGAAAUUAUUUCCUUGCUAAGGAACACGGCAGCUCCUCUGCUAAGAAAUCCACUAACAAGCUCACUGACAUCAACCUUGUUGAUGAACAGGAACUGAGGGAAGCUUCAUUGCACAUUCAACCAAAGCAUGAAAAAGAGAUUGCAUGCUUAAUGGAUUCCUACAAAAACAUGUACCCUGAAUGGGUUCUUGCUUUAAGAUCUGGUUUUUCCCUUCUGAUGUAUGGAUUUGGAUCUAAGAAGGUGUUGCUUGAAGAUUUUGCUUCAACAGCUCUGACAGAAUAUUCUGUAGUUGUAAUAAACGGUUACCUUCAGACCAUUAACUUAAAACAGGUUUUGAUAACUCUAGCGGAAUUGCUGCAUGAUCAAGUGAAAGCUAAACGAAAGGCUUCCUCUCGGGACUUGCCCAAGAGCCAGCAGCCAUCCAAUUCUCAAUCCAUUGAAGAUCUUCUUACAUUUUUGGAUGAAGCUGAAAUAGAAGAGGAUGGUUAUGUUAUUUGUGUUAUAAUUCACAAUAUUGAUGGACCUGGAUUAAGGGACUUUGAAACUCAACAGUAUCUUGCUCGAUUAGCUGCAUGUACCCAUAUUUGCAUUGUUGCAUCAAUUGAUCAUGUGAAUGCGCCCUUAUAUUGGGACAAGAACAUGGCUCACACACAGUUCAACUGGUGCUGGUAUCAUGUUCCUACAUUCGCCCCUUAUAAGGUUGAAGGAAUGUUUUAUCCUCUGAUUCUGGCACACGGUGGUGCGAACCAAAGUGUCAAAACAGCUACCAUAGUUUUGCAAAGUUUGACACCAAAUGCGCAGAGUGUAUUCAAAGUUCUGGCUGAGCAUCAACUCUCUCACCCUGAAGAAGGAAUGCCAAUCAGUGAUCUCUACUCGGUUUGUCGAGAACGUUUCCUUGUUAGCAGCCAGGUUACAUUGAACUCUCAUUUGACUGAGUUUAAGGACCAUGAGCUUGUCAAGAUUAAGAGGGAUUCUGAUGGUCAAGAUUGCUUGCACAUCCCUUUGGCAGCAGAAGCACUUCAGAAAGUGCUGCUUGAGAUCAGUUAGUAAUGGGGAUUCGGGGAUUAUGAUUCAAAUUAGACUGAAUGGUGUAAGAGAACAGGUUUUGACCCUUUAAAGCGAGGUAAGUUGUAAAAUGAUAAAGUAUGAAGCAAUUACUGUUAGAUCAAUAACCUUUAUUGCGUGUGGAUCCUACUAAAAUGAUAUAGCUGAGCUUGGUUAAUCACUUAACUAUCCUCACUUGUGCAUUUGCAAAAUGUUGAUGACAAACAGGCAGUGUUUGUAAAAAUCAAUUUGGCCAAACACUUGGG